UUACCGCACUGCCGCACGGGCCAUUGGAAGGAGGACAUUGACACAAAAAACCUUUUUCCGCCCGCUUCUUUUUAUUCUUUCUCCUGUUCCGCCUCUUGCACUGUGCAACUAGCAUCCAUCUGCUGUAUAUAGCCACUUCACACAUCCCACGCCUGUCUGCACUCCCUAAAAGUCAUAAGACCGUGCCCUGCGUCCAUAGCUCCAUCAGCAUAGACCAAUCACCCGCGUCACAUCCCAACCUGCAUAGAUCGAAAAUGUGCAACAACAAUCUCCAGACCGUUUCCAGCUGUGCCGAGCACGCGCACCAGCAGCAGCACUCCGUUGUUUCCAUGCACCUUCAGCACACCAACAGCUCAGUGGUUUGCGCCAUUUGUGGGUACUUGGCAGCCGACCGGGAUGCGAUGUGGGACCACCUUCAGGUCUGCGACGCCCUGUAAAGGAGGUACCCGAGCAAACCGACGCUGCCCUGCCCAGAGCCCGGCAAUUACCCCAUGCACUCUGUCCUCCACCAUCCAAGCACUGCAUUUUCUCUACCUCCUCUCUUUCAAAACUCUUUCAAAAAAAAAAAGGUGCUGCCAGCUUCAUUUCCCGGUUGUUGUGAAUAACAGUUCUCGCACCUCG